UAAAGGCCUAUUUAUUCGACGGAGCGGAAUCCAGUUCAGAAUCGGAAAUGGGCGUCUCCAGCAAGCUGCGCCAAAAUACCACCAUGACCCUGGAAACAUCUGACUCGUACUUCCCUCCAAAGCCGGUACAGGAUCUCAUCUCACUCGUGGAGAAAGGCAGGGUAGGCAUGAGCAGUAACAGCUCGUGUUGCAGUUCGACGACGAGCUCAGUAGGGGAAAAACACGGGGUGAAGGCAUCAAAAGUUACCGCGCAAGUCAAUGACCAAGUACAAAGGUCGCCACUAGGCCUGAGAGAAACAAAAAUCGACAAUCAAGGUAUAGAUUAUCGAACGGCGAAUACUCCAACGGAAAUUGAUCGAAUAGACUAUAAUAUCAACACAGAC